GAUUGGACUGCCGAACCCCUCGCGCUGAUUGGCCGCGUGGGCGAGGCGGAGGAGAGCCGUGCGCAGCGGCGUAUGUGGGGCCGUGUGCAGACCCGCGUGUGGCGCAGGCAAGGACCCUCAAAAUAAACAGCCUCUACCUUGCGAGCCGUCUUCCCCAGGCCUGCGUCCGAGUCUCCGCCGCUGCGGGACCGCUCCGACGCGGAAGAUCUGACUGCAGCCAUGAGCAGCAAUGAGUGCUUCAAGUGUGGACGAUCUGGCCACUGGGCCCGGGAAUGUCCUACUGGUGGAGGCCGUGGUCGUGGAAUGAGAAGCCGUGGCAGAGGUGGUUUUACCUCGGAUAGAGGUUUCCAGUUUGUUUCCUCGUCUCUUCCAGACAUCUGUUAUCGCUGUGGUGAGUCUGGUCAUCUUGCCAAGGAUUGUGAUCUUCAGGAGGAUGCCUGCUAUAACUGCGGUAGAGGUGGCCACAUUGCCAAGGACUGCAAGGAGCCCAAGAGAGAGCGAGAGCAAUGCUGCUACAACUGUGGCAAACCAGGCCAUCUGGCUCGUGACUGCGACCAUGCAGAUGAGCAGAAAUGCUAUUCUUGUGGAGAAUUCGGACACAUUCAAAAAGACUGCACCAAAGUGAAGUGCUAUAGGUGUGGUGAAACUGGUCAUGUAGCCAUCAACUGCAGCAAGACAAGUGAAGUCAACUGUUACCGCUGUGGCGAGUCAGGGCACCUUGCACGGGAAUGCACAAUUGAGGCUACAGCCUAAUUAUUUUCCUUUGUCGCCCCUCCUUUUUCUGAUUGAUGGUUGUAUUAUUUUCUCUGAAUCCUCUUCACUGGCCAAAGGUUGGCAGAUAGAGGCAACUCCCAGGCCAGUGAGCUUUACUUGCCGUGUAAAAGGAGGAAAGGGGUGGAAAAAAACCGACUUUCUGCAUUUAACUACAAAAAAAGUUUAUGUUUAGUUUGGUAGAGGUGUUAUGUAUAAUGCUUUGUUAAAGAACCCCCUUUCCGUGCCACUGGUGAAUAGGGAUUGAUGAAUGGGAAGAGUUGAGUCAGACCAGUAAGCCCGUCCUGGGUUUCUUGAACAUGUUCCCAUGUAGGAGGUAAAACCAAUUCUGGAAGUGUCUAUGAACUUCCAUAAAUAACUUUAAUUUUAGUAUAAUGAUGGCCUUGGAUUGUCUGACCUCAGUAGCUAUUAAAUAACAUCAAGUAACAUCUGUAUCAGGCCCUACAUAGAACAUACAGUUGAGUGGGAGUAAACAAAAAGAUAAACAUGCGUGUUAAUGGCUGUUCGAGAGAAAUCGGAAUAAAAGCCUAAACAGGAACAACUUCAUCACAGUGUUGAUGUUGGACACAUAGAUGGUGAUGGCAAAGGUUUAGAACACAUUAUUUUCAAAGACUAAAUCUAAAACCCAGAGUAAACAUCAAUGCUCAGAGUUAGCAUAAUUUGGAGCUAUUCAGGAAUUGCAGAGAAAUGCAUUUUCACAGAAAUCAAGAUGUUAUUUUUGUAUACUAUAUCACUUAGACAACUGUGUUUCAUUUGCUGUAAUCAGUUUUUAAAAGUCAGAUGGAAAGAGCAACUGAAGUCCUAGAAAAUAGAAAUGUAAUUUUAAACUAUUCCAAUAAAGCUGGAGGAGGAAGGGGA